AUGGAUUCCAAAGAUAGCAAAGUCUACGCCGAAGCAGUAGCCGAAUCUAAGCGGCCUGAAGGUGCCAUAUCAGCAGAAGUAACACGCGCUACCUACAACGGUUACACUAUCCCAAAUCUUUCUUAUUUUAAAUGGUUCCGCCAUGGUCUUGCCAAACUGAUCGCUACACUAUUCAGCAAGGAGUCUACCCUAGCAUCUCUGGACAGCAUGAUUUCAGCAUUGCAAAACUGCGUCAAAAAGAAAUAUAUUUCCAUAGAAACAAUGGACAUCUACUCUUGCUCCAAUCUAGAAAAGAUACCACAGUUCAAGUGA